CUAAGUGUGUGUGUGGGUGGGUGGUUGUGGUUAUUAUUUAUUUCUCCUCUUUUAUUUUCUUUCGUUUCGUUUGUUUUUCAGAGUUAUGAUGAAAUGAAAUAACAUCUGAUUAAUUUAAGGGAUAAGAUGAUCUUGGUGUUUAUAAGGAAUGUCUAGAAUUAGAGGCAUUGAAGCCAAAGUGCAAAAAGAAGUGUUACUGACACGGGCACACGAAAGCAACAUCGUAACCAUCAAUAAAAAUACAAAUGAAGAUCAGACACCCAAAUCCAAGGAAGAAGUGGAAAAACAGCAAAUUCAAGAGCUUCUACAUAAGUUACCAAAGCUGGACAAAAUAUUCGAGGUCCACCGUAAGAUAGGCGAGGGCACGUUCAGCUCUGUGUACCUCGGGUCUCUGCGGCAACACACAGUGCUCCCGGCGGCUAACAAGCGUUGGUUCGCGAUCAAGCACCUGGUGCCGACGGCGCACCCGGCGCGGAUUGAACAUGAGCUACGAUGCUUGCAAGACAUAGGGGGUAAAGAUAAUGUUAUUGGAGUGGACCUAUGUUUGCGUCACCUGGACACCAUAGUUUUUAUAAUGCCAUAUAUACCUCACAGGAAGUUUUCAGAAUAUGUGGGCGAUAUGGACGCGGAGGAGCUGCGGCGCUACAUGCGCGCGCUGAUGGUGGCGCUCCGCCGCGUGCACUCGUUCGGGGUCAUACACCGCGACGUCAAGCCCAGCAACUUCCUCUACGAUAGAGAAAACCAAAGAUAUUUGCUGGUAGACUUUGGUCUGGCGCAGCGUCUGUGCCCGGCGCCCGAGGAGCCUCCGCCCGCGCUCACUAAUGGAACGCGAAAGCGAGCGCGGCAACAGGAUGACUCCCCUAUCAACGCCAAGCGAGUUGCUCUCGACCUGAGCAUGCGACCCAAACCUGCAAAUGUAGCGUCUCCCACUCCGGUGCCAAAUCCACUUCCUAAAUCGCCAGCCGUCGUUAAAGCCGGGCCGCCCUCGUGCGCGUGCGCCGGCGAGGCGGGCGUGUGCGGCGCGUGCGCGGCGCGGCCCGCCGCCCGCGCGCCGCGCGCCGGCACGCAGGGCUUCCGCCCGCCAGAGGUGCUGCUCAAGUGUCCGCAGCAGGGCACCGCCGUGGACAUGUGGGCCAGCGGCGUGGUGCUGGCCAGCGUGCUCACCGCCAGGUACCCGUUCUUCCGCGCGAGCGACGACGUGUCGGCGCUGGCGGAGCUGGCCGAGCUGCUGGGCACCGCUGCGCUGCAGCGCGCCGCGCUGGCGCUCGGUCGCCGCCUAUUGGUGUCCUCCCCCCGCGCGGGGCUCUGCCUCCGCAAGCUGAGCGCGCGCCUGCGCGGCGGCCGGCUGCAACAACAACAACAACAACAACAACAACAACUGGGGGAGCAACAUGCCCACCGUCACGGUCCGGCGUCGUCGUCCACCGCGCAGUGCCUGCGCUGUGCGCUGCCGCAGCCUGACUGCCUCUGCGGGGACGAUGAUAAGAAACACGUGAUCGUCCCGUCGCGGGAGACGGCGGGGUUCCCGGACGCGGCGUUCGCGCUGGCGUGGCGCCUGCUGGAGCCCGACCCGCGCCGCCGCCUGUCCGCCGCCGACGCGCUGCGGCACCCCUUCCUGGCCGCCCAGGACCGUUAGCGGAGCCCUAGCAUUGACGAGACCGUCCGUGAUGAGAAAUGCCGAUUUCAGUUUUAUUCUUGACGUGAAACAUCUGUGAUUAAUGCCAAUUGCACUCGAGAAUUAAUUGAGGCUAAUUUAGUUACACUUACAAUUUUAUGGUCUUCCAAUACCUUUACAGACAGACCAUUUUAGACCUUGAGCCUCGCGUGAACAUGUUUUCUUUGCAUAUUCAAAGGCUUGCAUGCAUAUAAUCACGUCUUAUAUCCCAUGCGAAGAAGACGAAGCCAACAGUCUUUAAAAAAUAUAGGCUACAUUUAACUGUUUGACUUAAUUGAAUUGAGGUUCAAAUAGUUAAUUAUAAAGGUUGCUAUCCCAUCGGCUUAAAGAAGAAUCCCAAGUUUAUAAGCCUAUCCCAUAAUCGCCUUUUAAGACAUCCGUAGGAACAUCCUUUGAUGUAAUACAUAAAUAUAUACGUGACAAAUUACACAGAUUAAGUUAGUCUUGAAGUUGUUUCGAAACUUGAAUUACGAGACACUAAUGCAACGAUACUUUAUAAUAAACAUCAAAAAUCAGACCAAUUGUCUAUAUAAGUAUUUAUUAUAAAAUAUAGUAUCGUUGAGUUAGUAUCUCGUAACACAAGUUUCGAACUUACUACGAGGCUAACUCAAUCUGUGUAAUUAAAAAAAUAA